AGAACAAACAUCAAAUCAGCAAGUCGCGAUAUGUGGAUCUAAAGGCAUCGCAUCCGUUGUCGAAUCGAGUCCAACGAACCCAGACCGCCUACUCCGAUCUGUACCAGAACUAAUUGAUGACAAUUUGAACGCAUUGUCCGGCGAAAAAAUGUCGAAAACAAUACCAGUUGCAAAGAAAAAGAGAGAACGGAAAUCCCCAUGCUUAACGUUUGAGCAAAAUGCGAAGCGGCAGAAAUCCUCGGAACCCCCUUCUUGCGAACAGAUGAAUCUUACAGCCCCUGCAAACAAGGCAAUUGAACGAGCAGGCAAUCCUGAAGUACCCGUGCCCUCAAAGAACCCAAUUUCAAGCGAUGAUGAGUCAAUGGGUUCGAAGAGUGACAUCGAGAAUGAAGAGAUAGAAGAUCCUAUAGAGCAUCAAGCAGUGAAAGAAAUUGAAGACGAAAUGGAGGUACAAUCGACAGGUGAAGAAAUAGACCGCAAAGUCAAACCGAAGAAGGCACGUUUAUCACAAACGCAAUACAUUCUAAGAGAUCAGAAUCCGCACAAACAAGAUGACCGUCGCCUGAAGCGGUAUCCGAACCUCAAACGGUAG